UCGCUUACUCGCUGCUUUAAAUUGUUCCUUGCUUGGAUUUUCUUUCUCCUCUCUCUCUCUCUCUGUUCCUCUCUCUCAUACACUAAUGGGUGACAUCACGCACCCUCCCAUGGAGCAGCUGCAAGACCUUGAGUACUGCAUUGAUUCCAAUCCUCCAUGGCCUGAGACAGUCCUGCUAGCGUUUCAAAAUUACAUACUAGCGGUUGGAACAAGCGUGAUGAUUCCAACAAUGCUCGUCCCAGCAAUGGGCGGAUCAGAUGGGGAUAAAGCACGUGUCGUACAAACUUUGCUUUUCGUAGCUGGGAUUAAUACACUUCUUCAGUCACUAUUUGGGACCAGAUUACCUGCCGUAGUUGGAGGGUCCUUCACUUAUAUCAUUCCCAUAGCGUACAUUAUUAACGACUCGUCACUACAACAGAUUGAUCAGCCUCAUGUUAGAUUUAUACACACCAUGAGAGCCAUACAGGGAGCUUUGAUUGUCGCCUCAACCAUACAAAUCAUUAUUGGCUACAGCCAAUUAUGGGGUCUCUUUUCACGCUUUUUCAGUCCUCUCGGAAUGGCACCUGUUGUUGGCUUGGUCGGGUUGGGCUUAUUCCAACGAGGAUUUCCCGUGCUAGGAAACUGCGUUGAGAUUGGUUUGCCGAUGCUUCUAUUAGUUAUUGGCUUGUCUCAGUAUAUGAAGCAUGUCAGGCUACUGAGGGACUUCCCAGUCUUCGAAAGAUUUCCCGUAUUGAUUUGUGUUUCUAUUAUAUGGAUAUACUCUGUCGUGCUAACGGCUAGUGGAGCUUACCGUGGCAAACCAGAUCUUACACAACAAAGUUGUCGUACAGACAGAGCCGGUCUUAUAACCACCGCCCCAUGGUUUAUGUUCCCGUAUCCUCUGCAGUGGGGUGCACCUACUUUUUCAGCAGGCCAUUCAUUUGCCAUGAUGUCAGCUGUUUUUGUCUCAAUAGUUGAGUCAACUGGAGCAUACAAGGCAGCAGCUCGUCUGGCCAUUGCCACCCCGCCUCCUGCCUAUGUACUCAGCCGGGGCAUUGGUUGGCAGGGCAUAAGCAUUUUGCUCGAUGGGCUAUAUGGAACGUGCAGUGGUUCAACCGUAUCAGUAGAAAACGUGGGCCUUCUUGGACUAACUCGAGUUGGAAGCCGUAGAGUCAUUCAGCUUUCAGCCGCCUUCAUGAUAUUUUUUUCCAUCUUCGGGAAAUUUGGAGCUGUUUUUGCAUCCAUACCGUUUCCAAUCUUUGCUGCAUUAUACUGUGUUCUGUUUGGCCUCGUUGGUUCCGUGGGCUUAUCCUUUCUUCAAUUCACCAACAUGAACUCUAUGAGGAACCUCGUCAUCACCGGCCUCUCGCUGUUCCUUGGAAUCUCGAUUCCUCAGUUUUUUAGCGAAUAUUGGACGAUGGAUCGGGGACUCAUCCACACUCAUGCCGGAUGGUUCAACGCGUUCUUCAACACCAUAUUCAUGUCGCCCGCCACCAUCGCGUUGAUUGUGGCCGUGCUCCUCGACAACACGCUGGACGUUGAGAUGUCGAAGAAGGACCGUGGCAUGCCGUGGUGGGUGAAGUUCAGGACGUUCAAAGGCGACAAUCGGAACGAGGAGUUCUACACAUUGCCAUUCAAUCUCAACAGAUUCUUCCCACCUACAUAGCCAAGGUUGGAUGAUCUCACUGAGGCUUAGGUUCCUUUUUGAAGUAGUGUAGCUUAUUUUAGGCUAAUUUUGGUUCCAAAAAAUGGAAAGGAAAGAAAAAAAACCAACCAUUUUUUGAGGGCCUUGUGUUUCUUGGCCCUCAAAGGAACCUAGAGCCUCUAACCAAUGUUUUCUAGGGUUUCUUUCUAUCUCUCACUUGCUUAGUUUUAGGUGUGAGAGUAAGGACUACAUCUUGUUUCUCUCUCUCUUUGUUUUAGGAGUGAGGAAGAGUUAGGGUUUAGCUUUGAACUAGCAACAAAUUAAUCUAUCUUGUUUUACUUUUA